AUGGUUGUUCCUGAAAUUACAAACAACAUUGUUGAUUGUGAGAUAAUGCUAAGGAGAGGAAAAUUGAUACCUGCAGCUGGUGGUGGUUCAUCUAUUAACAAAAAAAUGAUUAAGAAAAACAGAGCUAGUUCGGAAAAAGUUGGUGCCUGGAGCAAAGAGGAUGAAAUCACAAUCGUAAAGGGACUCAUAAAGUUGAAAACUGAAAAAGGGAAAAUUAGGUUAGAUUAUGUUCAACUUUAUGAUUCCAUUAAACAAUCUCUUGGUCACAAAUCAGCCACACCACUUCAUUUGCAAAAAAAAGUCAGGUGUCUUAGGGAGAAAUACAAGAACAAUUUAAAGAACAGCAGGACUCCUACCAUCCCACAUGAGGAAGAGUUGUUCUACUUAAGUGACAAAAUUUGGGGCAAGGAUGAUCAGCACAUCAUGAACCAACAACUUACAAUUCCUUCUUCCAGUUUGGAUAUGAACCAACAAUUUACAAUUUCUUCUCCGGAAGAAUCUGAUACAACUUUUGUCGGAGACCUAGGGCUAGCGUUAACAACUAUGAGCAGGAAUCAGUCUAAUCCACUGCAAGUAGCUCUUCAACAAUUCAAGUUAGUUUCUCAAAGUUUGAGUAUUAGGAAGAGUUAUGCCAACCAAAUACUCCAGGCCCCAAAAAAGGAGGAACUUUCUGAACUAGAGGAACAAAAGAUAGCAAGGUGCUAUUUCGACACAAAGAUACAACAUGCACAAUUGGUUUCAGAUGCCUAUAAUGCUAGCCAUGGUUUUGGAGGCUCUCUUAUAAAUAUAGUAGCUGAUUGCGUACUCAAGGAAGAUACACCAAAGGCAAUGAACGAGGGGAACUGUCCAACGGCAACAAUUGGAUGUUGGAAACCAAUCACUGGAAAAUCUUCAGACACAAGUCCCAAAUCAGUAAGUGAAAGGUGUCAUUUGCAGGAGAGAAAGAAAAAAAAGAAAAGGAAGAUCAAAAACCAAGAAAAGCAUCGCGACUCAAGUAUACAAUCUCAGUUGGAGAUGGAAAAUCGGAGCGCAGUUGCUAAUGCUAAGGAUAUCAAUGAGAGUGCCACAUCAUCACAGAUGCAUACGUUACCUGAUGGACUAACUGUUGAGGUGAUGGUGAAGGGAAAAGUGGACGGGAAAGUAGCUUCUCCAGGAAAACAGAUCAAAAUUCAUUUCAUCGCCAAAUUAAGAGAUACAGGGUGCACUGUUGGCUCAACCAUUGGUGCAGCUCCUCAUCAAUUUUGUCUAGGUUACGAAAAAGUGUUAAAGGGAUUGAACAUUGGCAUUGAAGGCAUGCAUGUUGGUGAAAAGAGAAGACUCACUAUUCCACCAUCUUUGGGCCCUGGGAGCAAGGCUAAGCCUCCAAUAAUGCCAGACUCAUGGCUUCUGUAUGAAGUUGAAUUGGUUGAUAUAUGUGAAUGAAGAUAAUAUGUUGAAGUUACUCCAUUCAACAGUGAAAGGAAUUUUGCCAACCCCUUGCUGAGGGUGAUAGUUGAAGAAUGAUGUUGGCCAACUAUAUGUUUUUGCUAUUGAUGUAUGUAAGUUGGUCACUAAAGCCAUCUGCGAUGUUCUUUUGGGGUUAUCUAAAAACCGUUGAUUUGUUGUUGACUGCUAAACAUACUAUUGGUAGCUUGAUGUUUUUAAGCACCAGGCAUUAUAUGGCUAACUAAGUUAAGGUUUUAGUUGUUCUUUUUUUGAUUAAGGAAGUUGUGUAUUCACAAUAGGCUCAUCAUCAAAUACACACCAAGAAUACAGAGAAACAUGUUCCACAAGUUUGUAGCUAGUUAGCUAUGGAGGAAAAGAUGUCCAUUAACUUCUCCAUCUUGAUCACA